AAUCAUAAAACUGCGACAUUCGCGAAGGCGGGAGAACACGCACACACCAUUUUUAUUGGCAUUUUCCCAGUGACUUUGCAUGGUGGUUGACACAAAAAUUAUGGAAAAAUAUUGUCGCCUGUGUGCUGAGGUUGGCACAAAUCAUCACUGCCUCUACACCGUCGAUGGUCGUCCAAAUCAAAGCCAUAAACUUUUGGAAAAAUAUUUCCUUCCAGCGUUUUUCCAGGUGGAAUGGUCGAAUUCUUUCCGAUAUGUGUGUCGCCAAUGCGAGACCUAUCUGGCAAACUUUAACAGCUACCAGGCAUUUGUGUGCCAGGCCCAGAGGAAACUUAUUAAAGUUGCAGCAAAGAGUAUUCCCAACGAAUAUUGGAACUCAUUCCGGGGUUCCGUAACGGCAAAUGAUUCGAAAAACAAUAUAUUGCCAAUAACAACAGGUUCAGUUGGAUUUACCCCAAACUUGUCUGGGAUGCUUGAGCUAAACAGAGAUUUACAACAUUUGGCGCCCAACGCCAACGGUCUGGUAGAUUCAAACGCUGUUUUUGAGUAUUUUAAAGAGUUGGGGAGUUCGGAGACGAACAGACAAGACAGCAAUGCUCAGCAUUCGAAUACUACUGCUACUACUGAAAAUGUGUCACCCAAUGUGAAGGAGGAACAACCAGCGUUUUUCCAACGUUCCAAUGUGGAAGCCAAUGUAGCAACAGUACUGGCGCCCAAUGUCCGAAACUUAUCCGGUCAAGAUUUUAAUAUGCAAAAUCUAAAUUCCUCCGAUCAUACAGGAAAUUUAGAAACGCUGCCACCCAAUGUCAAUACAAAUUCAUUUCAACACAGCCACCAAAGAGAAAUGUUGGCGCCCAACGCAAAUGUGUCCGGUAAUGGAAACAAUCAAAGCCAACAAUUGCAACCGGGGAAUGACGACUCCAAAACAUUACAAAAUCUCAAUUCUUCGGAGAAUACAGGAAAUUUGGAAAUGUUGGCGCCCAAUGUUAAUUCAAAUUCAUUUCAGCACAGCAACCAAAGAGAAAUGUUGGCGCCCAACGUAAAUGUGUCCGGUAAUGGAAACUAUCAUAGCCAACAUUUGAAACUGGGGAAUGACGGCUACAAAAAAUUACAAACCGUGGCGCCCAACCAUAACAAUGUUGGGGAUCAGAAUCCGAAUUGGGAAAAAUCAAAUGUAAACAACAAUGAUUCACACCAAUUGGUCCCCAACGUUAAUAGAUCGAAGGACCAAAAUAUUUAUCAACAAAAUUCAGCGUCCGACGCCACCGCAACGUCUAGUGCCUUGCAAAAUCCCAGUGAGGUUACAAAUUUGGCGCCCAACUCAAAUGUUUUUAGGGUUCCAAACUCGGCAAGCCAAUAUUCAAAUGUGAAAGAUUUGGUUGCGACGGGCAAUAGCAUUAAUUCUGGAAAUCUGAAAUAUGAUACCCAACAUUUCAAUGACCAAAAUUCACAAAUUUCACAAAUUUUGGCGCCCAACAUUAACACACCCCCAACUGGAGUGAUUGUUCGAACCCAAAAUACAAAAUAUUUGGCGCCCAACGAUUCCAUAAAACAAAACCAUGUCUAUGGGUCAGGAUAA